CCAUGGAUUUUUAGAUGCCUUUGCUGGAAAAAAAAUUGGGCUCUAUCCUCAGUGCUGAAUCCAUCUAGGAGAAUCGUUUUUAAUAAAGCUGUAAUUUGGUCAAUUCUGCCUGUCACUUGAAUAUCGAUAUCAUAUUCUCCAGCUCGCAGUCUCUGCUGUUCAUGUAAUUGAGACAAAUUGUCACAAUUUGCCCGGUUUUCAUAUUUUUCCAGUAAAAGCGCGGCUUGGAGAAGCAGUGCCCCCCCAUAUGUCUCCAUGAUGUUUCUAUCUGCCAAUACGAACACAGAAUCACUUUUUAAGAAAUAAUUCCAAACAUUAUUUAUCAAAGGAGGACCAACUGGACGUGCACGCUCAUGCUCAUGUCUUGUGACCAACACAGGGAUGAAAUAAGACAGGGAAGCGAAGAUACCGUUUACUUUUUCCACUUCAUCCUUCAUGUGCACAGCACCUGCUGUUUGAGUGCUCUUGCACGGCAGUACAGCUUUUCGGUGUGUCGCUGUACGAGCAUGAAGCAGAAAAGUGAAAAAAAUAAAAGUACACCUUACGCUCCCAGUUGGCUUUGUAUAUUAAUACUGCUGGAUAGUGUUUUAUAAAUCAGAUUCUGACCAACAGAUGGAAGGCGGGUAUCAUUUCAUAGGCCCAUACAUUUAGGAAGGAAGCCUGUGCAUCUGUCGGCCGUUGCCUGUGAUUGCAUUUGCAUAGAGGUAACAGGAGUGGCUUUGUCUUCGUGAGAAACCGCAUCGAUUGUAAUACUUGUUCUCUUUGAAACAAGCUUUGAAUGCCAAAUGUCCCUGAGGAUUAUUCUUGGGGAUGAUCUGUUCCACUCUACCAGUUGCGGCAAAUGUUUAAGGAAAUAGCUUCCUUUCCUCUGUGUUUCAUCAUUGCUUUUUCCACUGUGUCCUUUUAAUGCGACACCAUUUUUACAAUGCAGCUUGCAAACACUUAUGAGUGGAGCAAAGAAAACACACACAAAAAAAACAAACAGGUUAUCUGAUUGAUGUGAGGCAUGUGCUUUAAUCUAGAUGAGUGCUACUUCACCCCGCGCAUCCCCACUCCGAAGUGUUUGGGCUGUAGAAGACUGCCGCUCUGAAAACAGAGAGGGAGGCAGAAUGUAGAUCAAUAUCCCAGAAACACACCAGAGACAUUCUAUUUUAUUAAACAUUUUCCCAUUAAGGCAGCGGUGCGAGCAUUGUAGAUCAUCGCAAGAAAGUCGUAAAUCACAGACAGACAGCGGUAUUGAGCGGAAUCAGAGAAGAUUACUGAGAAACAAAGAUAUUUUGUUUUUGCUCUACUGGGAGCCUUGUGUAUCUUGUUCUUAUAUUACUGCAUAUUUCUGCUGAGGGAUUGGUUCAGUUAAAAUGUGGCAUCCGAAUCACAUUUUGCUGAUCACAACACAACACCACAUCUCUAAUCUUACUCAAGACAGACUGAAGUCACGUUGGUUUUAAAUGUUCCCCUUUUAAAAACCAUGCUCUAUUGUUCGCAUUUGGCGAUUUGGAGUAAAGUUGGGAAAUGCCUUGCUAAAGGUCUCCUAAAAAACAGAAGCUAAACAAUGACAACACUACUAUAUGAACACACACAUAGACCGUACUGAGCAAGAAAAGUUCUGCUAUUUGCUCAAAAAUCCUCCAGUAUAAUUCUUCAUGUGGUCCCUCCAUGCCCUUAAAUUCCGAAUAGCAUAAUACUGCUCAAUAGUUUCAUCACUAAUAAACUUCCAUACAUCAACGGCACUCACUAAAUGAAAUCCAAAAGCUUCUCAUUGGCUUUUAUUCCAGAGCUCGAUGCUUAAAUUGGCAUCCUUCUCUUCUUUCGAAUUCUGCCAUUGUACUGUUAUUUAUUUAUAUCUUUACCUAUUAAGAAUUUUUUUCUGUUGCUCAUAUUCACAGCGGCUCAGAACAAGAUAGCAGGUAGGGGUUCAGUGCGUUGCCCAGGGCCGCUUCAACACAACAGAUGGCUGUUGCUGGGAUCGAAUCUGUUACUGUUUGGUUCCAGGGUGUUCUCCUCAAGCGCUGAACCAUCCUGCCACCCAGUUCAGAUUGUACUUUGUUGGAGGCCAUUUUCUAAAGCAGAUGGAAGGUGGCUUUCAUAUAGGCUUGAAUGCUAGAGAUCAAGCUGGUAGAUCUGCCUGUACAAUUUGUUCUGAUAGUAUCCUCUUUUCCUGCCUACUAAUCAAGUCCUGUCAUGGCACAUUUAUGAAGAAAGUCCUUUAGGAAAACAGAAUUGCUUUGAAAUACUACGCAGAGAACAAAUAAUUAAAGACAGACAAGAGAGAAGAGGCAGUCAUAAGAGAGACAGACUUUCAUUCUAAUCGUGUUGUCAAGAAAAAAACUCACAUCCCCUUUUCUCCACUGCUCAAAUCUUCUUUCAUCAGUGUAAUAUUAAUUUUGACAAACCAGCGAUUUAAAAUUACCCCACUGUGUCAAUUAUUGUAAGCGCGGUGAUGAGAGUGUCUAUUCGAACGCCCGAAAUGCAAAAUCUUUGCCUCUCCGUUAUUUUUUCGAAUUAUGUUGACUGUCAUUUUUUUGGUGCCAUUUUUUAUUCGUGGAUCCUUCAAGGAUGCGGGAAUAACAGGACAGGGAUUGAAUGCCCCAGCAGAAUCAAAGCAGCUUUGUUAUUCAUAUCCAUCUUUUCACAGCAGCCUAAUCCACAUGCAUAUUCAAUGUGCCGUGGACAAUCAGACUCUCUGCGCAGACAACAUGCUUGGGUCCGCGGGGAGGUUGUUCCCCGCUUCCUCUGUGCUGUUUGUUGACGGCAGCUUGUUGGGAAUGGGGAUAGUGCUAAAUUUGAUCACAGAGCAUAAAGCGGUGCGGCAAAUGAAAACACUUUGUGCUCACAUAAAUUAUACUUUUUUUUUUCCAAUAUCGCAAUAUUGCAUCAGUAUCUUACGAGGGCAUACAAUAUUGUUGAAAUUAUGUCCCACUGAUGCAAGCUGGUCAUAUUGCCUUGUGUAUUUAAUCACUGUGGAUGCCAAAUUCCUGUUGAAACGUUCCCAACGAGGACAGAAACAUUAUAAAGCUGUCAGCUAUUACAGUGCAUCAAGUUAGCCUGAACAAGUGUGGAUAAUAACAAGUGCUAAUAUCCGAGCAAGGUUUAGUGCACAUAAGCUCUUUUAUUAUGAUAGAAAUCUACUCAGCUGUUUCCUAUUUGGCUUUAAUUUUUUGCCAUGUGCAAUCCUCCAUAGCACUAGAUUCAAAGAAACUUGACAUGUUCAAGUGGUUUGAGCACGCUGUUGCUACUUCACCUGUCAACUACGGUAUGUAAGUAAGAAAAGUACUGAAGGCGAUAUGAACUAAAAAAAGCCUUUUUAAUUCUCUUAGAUCAUUUCCCCGGUCAUAUUGUGCGCCUGUGAAAGAAUGCAUAAAAAUCAAUUCCUUUGGAUUUUGAUGAGAAAAACCAAUAAUCUUCCUCCUGCAAAACAAAAUAUGACGUGUGCUAACCUAAGCUAGUACCAACUAAUAUAUACCACUAUGACAUCAUACCCUCAAACAAUCGGCAACUUGGCGACAAGGGAGGUGCUGCAUUAUAAGCCCGCCUACUUUUUAGUGGUCCAAUGAAAUGCUGACCACUGAUGACACUAAGUUAUUUAGGAAAUGGAAAGAAGCUGACUGGAUGUUUCAUUUCAGAAGCUUGCAUCCAAGAGGGAGAGUGCCUUUUUCUAGAUAUUCAAUAAACUUGUUUCGUAGUUUUUUUUCAAAUAAGUUUUAACUCGGCUUUCAAAUACUCUCCUUAUUUCAGUGGCCUUCUCCUCUAGUGGUUUGUGUUGUAGCUUUUUCUGUUUAUAUGCCAAGAUUUUAUUGAGUGAUUUUAUUUUGACAUUCCUGCCGGCCAAACUUGUGUCUAGUCCUCAUUGGAUAAUUGACAAGGAUUCAGCCAUAUUGUGGUGUCUGCAUAAGCUGCAUGUUUUCACAUUCUCAGGCUCUUUGCCAAAAUAUCUUAGUUGAACGAGGUGCAGGCUCCUCCAGUCUUUUAAUUUGACUUGAGCCUGACUCAAUUUACAUGCGUGACAAACUUUAACAUUUUAGGGGUACGGUUGAGUUGCUCGAAUUGAUCCAAGAUUGAUUCACAAUAUAGACGUAAAUAGUUUAAAGCCACUGAUGUUUUAAACACGUGUCACUUCACCCACUCUUAAAGGCACAGGCAGUGAAAAUUAUCGACUGACUAUUUACUACGGUAGACUUCUCUACGUAAGUGAGCAAGGCCUUGCAAAGGGAAUCCGUCAUGUCAGCUUGCAGGUCACAUUAAUGACUCGGCUCCCUGCCUUCAGGAUCGGCUGCCCUCAGUUCAACACUAAUGUCGACGUCGGCAACGUUGCUCUGUGGGCGUGAAGCAGGGGCAGCUGCCACACUUUCGCACGCAAACGUUCGUUUUGCUCUCACGUGGCUGUUAGCAUCUAUUGCCUUCGCAACGACGAUAAUGAGACAGUUUGAGUGAGCUUAAGUAACACUGGCAGCGUUAGUAUUAGCACCAAAUUAUGGCUCCAAAUCUUAAAAUGUCAUAUAUUUUCCAAUACAUUUAAAAACAAAUAUACACUCAGCCAAAUAUUCCAUAAGUCAGAUAGCGAUUUGAUUCAUAAAAAGCUAAUCUUGUCUUGCUUGUAUUCAUAAAAGCGAUUCAUCCAUGUGUUUGUGUUAGUUUGCUGAUCGUUAACUAGCUAGCUGUUGUUGUUAGCCGGUAAGUUCUUCUUCUUCUGGUGUAGAGCUUUAUUGAUUUUUAUGUGAACAGAUUGCAAUCAGACCUGAAAGUACAGGUGUAAAUGCACCCAAAACACACUUUGGACAUGUUGUGAUCACCUUGAACACGAAUGAAAAUGCAUUUGUAUUUUCAAUCCACAUGCAACAACUAAAUACCUAACGCUAGAGCUGUCCAGAGGGCCAUUUUUGGGCUCAAUAUAAACCCAAUGUAAAAACGGUCUCAGUCACCGGUUCACCCGCACAAAACUGCAUUUGUUUCCGCUGAGAUUGGUUGUCGCUGACCAUUUGGCAAAUCCAAGCUCAAUUUUCUGUGACUCAGCUCACAUUACGGCCCCAACUGCUAGCUUUCUGGAUAUAAUCAUCAUUUUAAGACUCAUUUACUCGAAUAAAAACCGUUCUGAAACAACAUCACUCGUGUUCUCUUACUGCUAAAUGCUCCCACUUGCCAGCCCUCCUAAAAAAAGAAAGAAUUGGCAACCCAGUAGCCAACAAUAAAGUCAUGCACGGCCGGGUUCCACCAGUGCUUGUUAUGUUUUGGCAGACCUGUAUCCCUCCCCACCAAAGCAGGUGAUGCAACCCGGGGGCAGGGCUCGAAUUAACAGACUGCAUCGUCAUUGAACACCAGAUGCACAAGAGCCAAAAGAUGUGCUGCGGGAGCAAGUUUGCCAAAAUCAAUCGUGGGAAUAUUAUUCUCCUGCUGUCGUCAUGAAAUACAAACUGCUGUCUGAUUGCAGAACUGAUACUGAACGGUGAAGUGUGAGUGCAAUUUGAAUGUUACGGCUUAGGCUGCAACAUGUGUUUCUAUUUGUAUGCAUGUAGAUAUUUACGUGUCUCUAUAUCUGCUGUCGUGCUGUCACGUAAAACUUAAAUAUGUUUAGCGCUGAUGGUCAUGUUUGUGGUAUUAAUUUGAAAUCUGACAUUUGGGAUUAAGUCCCCUUCAGUGUUUUUAAUGAUAUUUUCCUCUAUCCAAAACAAAGCCAUGCAGCCUUUGCCAUGUCUCCUGCCACAUCUCCUCAUUUCUACCGGCUUAAUUGAAACCGGUGUGCCCUGUGUGUGUGUGUGUGUUGCCCAUUUAAUUUCCAAAACCACAACAAACAAAUAAUUUACAAACGCUCUUUGUCCUGCAGCGAAAUGUAAAGGCGCCGGGACGGAGUUAUCCCUGGGGAGUGUGGUGAUAGUGUUGGAAGAAGUCAUCUGCAGUAUUUAUUUGGUCUGCCCCCCCCGCUCACACUACUUCCCCCUUCAGAACCUGCCUCUCGGCAAUUACAUCUAUCAGAAGGCAGCAGAGAGCGCUCUGUCAGAACUGUUCCAAUAAUUGCAAUUUAAAUGGAUAUGGAUUCAAAAAACAACUGGCAACACACAGCUAACUCGGGACUGACUUUGUCCCGUCACAUCUCCCGGUUUGUUUUCCUUUCUCGGGUGGACCUCUCAUUUACUGUGCUCUCUCUCUCGCUCUCUCUUGUUUGCAGACACAUAGAGAACUGGACGGGACUGCAAACUCUGAGAGACGUCGACAUGGAGCUCUACACUGGACUGCAGAGACUAACUAUCAUGAAUUGCAACCUGAGGGUGAUCCAGGCUCGGGCGUUCGCUCAGAACCCACAUCUACGCUACAUAAACUUGUCGAGGAAUCCUCUCGCCACGCUGUCGUGGCAGCUCUUCCAGCACCUCCAACUCUCCGAGCUGGGCCUGGACGGAGUGGUGUUCGAAUGCGGCUGCGACAUCCGCUGGAUCCAGCUGUGGCAGCAGCGAGGAGAGGCCGGGCUCCACACGCAGCAGCUGUACUGCAGGAACGGAGCCUCCAAGAUAAGACUGCACAACAUGUACAUCCACAAUUGUGACUUACCAGAGAUCAGUGUGAGCCACAGCAGUGUGUUGGUGAUGGAGGGCGACAAUGUGACAGUGAGCUGCAAUGGAUCUGGAUCACCGCUGCCUGAGGUGGACUGGACGGUCGGCAGCCUGCACUCCAUCAACACGCACCUGUCCAAUGUGUACUGGCCCAACAUCCACUCCAUCAACCUGACGCUAUUCAACAUCAGCCGAGAUGACAACAACUUCCAGCUGACCUGCAUCGCUGAGAACGUGGUGGGGAUGACCAACUCCUCCAUCCAGCUCAACGUACAAUUUCCUCCGGUCAUCCUGAGACUGGCUGAGCCCGAGCAGCGCCACGAUACCUGCAUCGAGUUCACGGUUCGGGGCUACCCCCAACCCAAGCUGCGCUGGUUUUACAAGCAAAAGGAGAUCCCCCAGAACAACUACAUCCGAACCGAGAUGGACUUCUACCAGGACUACCUGGAGGGCUGCCUGACCUUCCAGAACCCAACGCACAUCAACAACGGCAACUACACUCUCGAGGCCAGCAACCCUUUAGGAACGGUCACCAAGACGGUGUAUGGUCACUUCCUCAUGGCCCCGGAUGAAGAAGACAUAGUGGAAUUAGUUCCUUCGACGCCAUCAGGUGGUGAUUCUGGCCGACCAGAUGAAGACACUUUCGGGGUUUCCAUCGCCGUGGGUUUGGCGGGCUUCGCUUGCGUCCUCCUCCUCGUCCUUUUUGUUCUCAUCAACAAAUACGGCCGGCGCUCCAAAUUUGGUAUGAAAGGUCCGGUAGCUGUGAUCAGUGGUGAGGAAGAUUCUGCCAGCCCUCUUCAUCACGUCAACCACGGGAUUAUUACCCCCUGCACUCUGGAUGCGGGUCCUGAUGCGGUCGUCAUAGGGAUGACUCGUAUUCCCGUGGUUGAGAACCCUCAGUACUUCAGGCAUGGACACAACUGCAACAAGCCAGCCACCCUAGUCCAGCAUAUAAAGCGGAGAGACAUCAUCCUGAAGAGGGAGUUGGGCGAAGGAGCAUUCGGUAAAGUCUUCUUGGCAGAGUGUUACAACCUCAGCCCCACCAAGGACAAGAUGCUGGUGGCUGUCAAGACACUGAAAGAUCCCAACCUGUCGGCAAGAAAGGACUUCCAGAGGGAGGCUGAGCUGCUGACCAAUCUGCAGCAUGACCACAUCGUUAAGUUCUACGGAGUGUGCGUAGACGGAGACCCUCUCAUCAUGGUGUUCGAAUACAUGAAGCAUGGAGACCUCAACAAAUUCCUCAGAGCCCACGGCCCAGAUGCCAUGAUCCUGGUAGACGGACAGCCACUGCAGUCCAACGGAGAGCUGGGCCUUUCCCAGAUGCUGCACAUCGCCACCCAGAUUGCCUCGGGAAUGCUCUACCUGGGCUCCCAGCACUUUGUCCACAGAGAUCUGGCAACCCGUAAUUGCCUUGUGGGCAAUGGCCUGCUGGUCAAGAUUGGAGACUUCGGCAUGUCCAGGGACAUCUACAGCAGUGACUACUACAGGCGUGGCAGCUGGGCCAGUUCGGACCUUGCUGGGGGCAACGCCAGCAGUUAUGAAGUACUUGCCUGCUGGGUUGGAGGACAUACCAUGCUACCUAUUCGCUGGAUGCCCCCGGAGAGCAUCAUGUACAGGAAGUUCUCCACGGAAAGCGACGUCUGGAGCUUUGGAGUCAUCUUGUGGGAGAUCUUUACCUAUGGGAAGCAGCCUUGGUUUCAGCUGGGUAACAACGAGGUUAUUGAGUGCAUAACCCAGGGCCGGGUUCUGGACAGGCCACGGAUUUGUCCUAAAGAGGUAUACGACAUCAUGCUGGGCUGCUGGCAGAGGGAACCGCAGCAGCGACUGAACAUUAAGGACAUUCAGAAGGUCCUGUUCGCCAUGGGGAAAGCCACGCCGGUCUACCUGGACAUCCUGGGCUAGCAGCGGCCCGGGGUGGCCCCGUUCCUCGCCAGACGAACAGAGACAUACAUAUAGACGGACCCACGCGAAUCCAGGAAUAACCAAACCAACCUACUCCACUGUCGAAAAACACCUACAAUGUUUGGGAAGGACUUAAGUGCCUGCAACACUUUUGGAUAUAGUGGAUAUAACAUAUUCAAAAAAACACGCACUUUUACAUUUUGUUUACUUGCAUAUAAGAUGUACAGGUUUGAAGAAGACUUUUUUUUUUUUUUUUUUUUUUUUUUCAAAACUGCAAAAAUACACAAAAAUGGAGACAAAAAGGGAAGUAAAGUGGACUGACAUUAGGAAAAUGACCACAGUUUGAUUAUAUUAUGGAGAGAACACAUCAGAGUUAAAAUCUAUCCUGGGUUUGGUUUUAUGAAUAUAUAUAGAAAUAUUACAUAUAUUUUAUAUUUAUUUCUUUUUGUCAAGAUGUUGAAGGGGUCUGCCAUUUGUGUUGCGAAGGGCUCGGCCCUGUUUAAAGACGUCACCAACAAACUAUUGGCAGGGACUUGACAAUGGUAGCCUUACUUGCGCUCUGAUUGGCUGGCACUGAGCUCUUAAUGGGAACUCUGCUUCUGCGGAAUAACACUGGAUGGUUGAAAUUAGAGGAGUGCGCUGUAGAGGGCCUACCCAAUCAGACAACCGAAAAAUCUAUUUUAAUUUAAAAAAAAAAAAAAAAAAAUGUACAUAUUGUAAACUUCUGUGUCAAAAUUAUGUUAACUUAUUUUUUGGGGUGUUAUUUUGGUUCCUUUUCUGACUGUGAUCUGGGUGGCUAAAGUAUAAAACUAUGGUAUUUGUUUUCAUCCUAAUCUAGAGGAGGUUUUCUCUUGGGAAUCACCUGUAUCAGUGCUGGUAAGUUGUCUUAUGUGGUGAAGGUGAACAACGGUGAAUACAGUUCGAAAAGUCAGCUGGCACCGAAUCACAGUGACUGUGGAGAACGGGGGACGCCAUCAACACAACACUUUUCCAAAGAGGUGAUGAAGCCUCAUAUUCACUUUCCAGCUCAUUUGCUUUUUUAUGGCAAGAAUAAUGCGUUGCUGCGUAAUAUCUUACACCACACCCCUCAAACAUGUACAUGCGCUUUGAGAAACUUUCGGGAACAUUUUCGUGUGAAACUGCUUUUCCACUCUAAAGAAAACAUUUUUGUAAGGGGAAAUAAGAAUCAUUUGUUAGAUGCAAGUGUGUCCCUCGCAUACACAGCCUAAGAAAAUCAAAGGAAUAGUGAGAUAUUUUGGAAAAUGCGCUUAUUCCCUUCCAGGUGAGAGUAAGUUGAGGAGAUAGAAAACACUCUCGUAUCUGUCAGAUCCAUGGGAAGCUGCAGCCAUGAUACAGUUAGCUUAGCUUAGCUUCGGCAGAUGCAGACUGGAAACAGGGAAAUAGCCUCGCUCUAUCUAAAGGAAACUAAAUCAACCGACCAGCACCUCUAAAGCUAACCUAACACUGUUAGCCAAGCUAACCGGCUGUCGGACGCAGCUUCAUAUUUACUGUACAGACACAAGAGUGGUAUUGACACCCAAGAAAGCAAAUGAGAGCAUUUCCCCAAAUGCCAAACUGUUACCAUAAGGAUCCUGUCACUUCACAAGCCGAGAAAAGAAACGCGACGGCUUCUUCCCUCGCAUUCCGUUUAGCACAACACAAUAAAAACAACCUAAUUUUACUGUUCUGAUUUGUUUUCAUCAACUGUACAUGACUCACAGCAUUUCUUUUCUUCCUCGCACUCGAGGCCUUUGCAUGUUUAGCAAUGAUGAGGUUUCGCACCCGUCUAUUGCUUUGAUAAAAAACCUCUUCUGCUCCAACCAGAGGGGAGCCACUGAAGCAGGUAGAUACUUGUGUUCAUUUAUGGAUGGUACAUCAAAAAUAAUAAUCACUGAAGUGGAUCAGCUAACUGUUUGGUAUUUCUCGUUCCAUAUUUUGAUUAUUGCAGUAUUUAGAGGGCUGGAAAUCAUGAAGAGUUUUGUUCCAAAAAUAUUGCAGAAAAAACAUGAUCCCCAAAAAGCUUAACAGCAAAUAAAGAGAGAACUAAAACCAAAUGAAAUUACUUUUCAUUACUCGUUCGUAAUUAAGUGCUCAAAAUGAUUUCAUUGUUACAGAGUGGAUGCUGUAGAUUUCUCACACACUGAAUGAUAACCCUCAGGCAAUGAUUUUAUUUUAUGUUGUAUCUGGAUAUAAAGCAUUUUGGAGUGGAACUCUUCACAUCACUUCCUUAUUAUCCUGACAUGAAUUCUCACAGAAUCACAGUGUUGUCUCUCUUCCCCUUGGGACUAUGUAAAUCAUUAAUGAGCAUCCAGUUGUUUCAAGUAUUUUAUAUGAAAGGCAGGAUCAAAUCCAACGAGUUACCCAAAGCUUUGAGUUUGUGUGUAUUCUCUUGUGGUAAAGAUAAACGCUUAAAGACAUCAUGACACAGACCGUGAGCAUUUGCAGGGUAUUGUAAUCCUUUCAUAGUGAGUUGAAUAUUGUUUUAAAAUGUUUUUUUUGUUUUUGUUUUUCUUGGAUGAACUAACUGAACACUUUUUAAAGCAAAGUUGGCAUAUGUACACAUGUUACAGAAUAUAAAAAUGUGGUAUAACAACUGCAGUAUAUACACAAUACUGGUAUUCCAUGAUAGAUCUUUGUAUUAAUGUGACUCUCUUAAGAAAAUGUCUUCAAACAAUC